CUUGAAAUGCACACUGCACGAUAAGUGUACCAGUCCCUUGGUCGAGGCUGCAGGAACAGGCCAAUGAGUGGCGAUGGUCGGCGUGACGGCACCGGGCACACAUCGGUAGCCUACCAAUGUGGCAGUUGGAGAAGCCAGGUUGAUCCCAACCAGCGUCAGUUUACGUCGCACAGCUGUGCUGAGGAACUUUCUAAAAAGCCCCAAGGUGCUCGCAGGCCGACGCGGCGCACUGCUUUGCACGGCUAAGCCUGCGACCGCGAUCCUUUGGCACACACCCGUCGCUCGUUGUAUCAAAUACACUGACUACAGGCCCUUCCUGCAUGCCGUGUGUGGCUUUCCGCUCUCUGUUUGAUCUUCCGAGUGGUGCACAGCAAGGCUGAAACAUUCGCCAACGCUCGCUCCUGCUGGAGGCCGGUGUUUUCGAACUCUAUCCAUUAUCUUGAUCUUUUCGCGACCGCACGCCAUCUCUCCCCUCUCGAUACCACUAAGACAAUCGCGACGACAUCGCCAUGGCCGCUGCACACAUGACCUCUUGCAGAAUAUCACCUGCGCUCCCGGUCGAUGUCGAGAAGCAGGUAGCCAUGCUGGAAAUGUUCACGAUGGACCUGGACCUGAGCUUGCGAUCGGGAAGCUCUGAUGUCGACUCUACGCGAUCCGCAGAGACCACUACACUGAACAGCCGGCACGAUAGUCUGAGCAGCGGCAGAGCCAGCUCAUGCAGCAGUCGAACAUCAGACUGCGGCCACCUCAGCCCGAACGCGAAACCAGUCAAGAGAGUACGAUUCGAGGAGUCCGCAAGCUGGACGUUCUUUGAUGAGAAUGAAAGCUUCCCACAACGCCCACGCCUAAGCAAGCGCCCGUCUUUCAUGACAAGAAGCCUGGAUCGUAUCAUGACGCGCGGCUCAUCAGAAACCGAUGUCGGUGUCCCACCUGCAGCACUAUCUGCCAUGACCGAAAAUCUCAAACAACUGAAGCGAAGGAACUCUACUGUCGACAUUGCAGAACUGGCUACGAAAACUACAAGCCGAUACUCGACACCUGGUAGACGCGAUUCCCUGGUCAUCACGGUCCAUCAACCAUUACGAGAAUGUCCAGGGAGGAGAUUCAACAGAGCACAGACGCCGAAGCUGCCUGUAGUACCGGCAGCGCCAGCACCCAAAGGCGACUGGGACUCACUCUUAGGGCCUCCAAAACCGAACCCACUGGCCGUGUGAUAAUAUGCGAGAGACUGGCACCUGUACACCAAUGAUGUUUUACUUGCAUCUGCAUCGAUCAAUUUGCUUGGAAUUUUCAGACGUAUUAGCGAUGGCGUUAUUGGGUCUCCUUUUGGGUGCUUCGGUGCUUGGGUCUUUCUGCUUUAACACUGCAUGCAUCAAUUACGACAAUAUUAUUUGAGAGAGUCGGAAAGGAACGACGAAAUGAAUAGGAAGUUUGGUCGCAGUGGUGUGACUACUGGUUCGUUGAACCUGUUAUCCCCUGCAGUACCACACCUGUCGCAGAACAGAUAAAGAGGAUACUGUAUCGCGCAUAUUGCGCAAGUUCACCAUGUGGGUGUUCAACUGCAUUUUCCCCUCUCGCACACCUUUCACUAUGCG